AUGGAAAUUGCUGAUUUUCACAUGCAAGAGGAGCUACCAUGCCAAGUUGUUUGUCGAAUAGUGCUUGACGCUAAAUCUCCAAAAAGUUUCAAAGAUAUGAUUGAUGAUGAGUAUCGGGUUAAUAUGAUUUUAGAUAACUUACCAGUUGCCGUUCUUAGGCGAAGACUUUAUGGUAGUCAAUCAACCGUUUAUCAACAUGGUUUUCGUGUUGGGUUCAAAGGACGCUAUGCGGGGAGCAAAGAUGAACUCUACUUUCUCAAUAAUCACCUGAGCUUCAGAGUCAUAUAUCACAAGAAUCCCGACAACAAUUCUGCUCGAAUUGUUGGGUUUGAAGUUACUCCACACAGCAUCAAGCAUGAGUUCACAGAGUGGGGCUCUCAAAUAACUACAUGUAACAACGAUACAAAAAAUAUAAUUCGAGGAAGUACUAUACCACAAAUAGUUGAUACACAUACGGAUGUUGUAUAUACAUAUGAUGUGACUUUCAAGGAAAGCGACAUAGAAUGGGCUUCGCGUUGGGACGCCUACCUACUUAUGAACGAUGAUCAACUCCACUGGUUUUCCAUCAAAAACUCUUUAAUUGUUGUCCUCUUUCUUUCCGGGAUGUUAGCCAUGAUCAUAAUGAGAACACUUCACAAAGACAUCUCAAACUUUAACCAGUUAGACCCCCAAGAUGAGUCAGAAGAAGAAACGGGCUGGAAAGUCGUCCAUGGAGACGUUUUUCGGCCCCCCGUUAAUUCCAGGCUACUUAGUGUUUAUGUCGGGGCGGGUGUCCAAAUCUUUGGGAUGACACUCACCACCCUCAUAUUUGCUUUAUUGGGCUUCUUAUCACCCUCCAACCGUGGCGGUCUUAUGACCGCCAUGGUCCUGUCAUGGUUUUUCAUGGGCUUAAUCGCGGGCUUUUCCUCAGCCCGCCUUUACAAAGCAUUAAAGGGUACCGAGUGGAAGGAAAACACAUAUAAAACGUCGUUUAUGUUUCCUGGUAUAUCAUUUGCAAUUUUCUUUGUCCUCGAUGCCUUAAUGUGGAGACAAGGUUCUUCUGGAGCCGUACCCUUCGGCACCAUGUUUGUUCUUGUUUGCUUAUGGCUCGGGAUUUCUGUACCGUUGGUCUUUGUUGGCAGUUACUUGGGGUUCAAAAAGCCCGUUAUCGAAGAUCCUGUUAAAACAAAUAAAAUCCCAAGACAGGUUCCUAAACAACCUUGGUACUUGAAGCCCAUUUUCUUAAUGCUCGUUGGCGGGAUUCUUCCUUUUUGGGUAAUUUUUAUCGAGUUUUUCUUCGUUUUAACGUCCAUUUGGCUCAACCAAUUCUACUACAUAGUCGGGUAUUUAUUCAUCGCUUUUGUGAUGUUAAUAAUAACAUGUAUGGAAAUAACAAUCAUCUUGUGUUACUUCCAUUUGCGCGGUGAGGAUUAUAACUGGUGGUGGCGGGCUUAUUUGACAGCGGGUUCAUCGGCUUUAUAUCUCUUUUUAUACUCGGUUUUCUACUUUUUCAUCAAGUUGGACAUUACAAAAUUCGUUUCGUGUCUUUUGUAUUUCGGGUACAUGUUAAUUGCUUCGUACGCUUUCUUUGUGUUGACGGGUACCAUCGGGUUUUAUGCUUGUUUAUGGUUUGUGUGGGAAAUUUAUUCAUCUUUGAAGAUCGAUUGAUGUAAGAGUAAAUUACAAAAUUCGUCCUUUAUGUAUGUCACUUAUUACAAAGUGUGUCCUUUAUCUUCAAAAAGUACAAAAAACGUACCCGAUGUUUGCAAAUCCUUACAUGUUACGUCCUUUAGCCCUAACAUAGUUAGUUUUUAUGGUUAAAUAUGACCAAAU